AUGGAUCCAAUCGUCGCUCAAGUCCGUGCCUUGGCCGAGGCCGCCGACGAAGAAGGCCGACUGAAUAUCAUCAAAACCCUGCGCCAAGUGCAAGCUGAGCUGCAAAGUCCAAAAGAUAGUCUCAUGGAGAUUGCUGGCUCGGGCUUGAUCAAUGCAAUGCUUCGCGUCGGCGCGGACAUGGGAUUAUUCAGCCUACUCGCAAGCAACAAGACCCCAUUGAAGGUUGAUAGAAUCGCAGAGUUAACUACGGCCUCUCCCCAGCUUCUUGAGAGAGUUCUCCGCUACCUUGCUGCCACAAGCAUCAUCAAAGAGACUGGAGUCAAUGAAUAUACUGCGACUAAGCUCACCUAUGUGCUGGCUGACCCCAAAGGCGAGGCCAUGAUAUACCACGGCUUUGACACCCAUGGACCUGUGGUACAAGCAAUGCCCGAUUUCUUCGCAGAGAACAAGUACCAGGAUGUCACGAGCAAUACAAACACGCCCUUCCAGAAGGCUCACAACACAAAGCUCACUUCAUUCGAGUGGCUUGUCCAGCAUCCGAAGCAUUUUGAGAACCUGCAAAAGGUCAUGACAUCUCUUCAAGGGUCAGAAUGGACCGAAGGCUUUGAACUUCUCGACAGAGAAGCCCAGAAGAUUCAGUCUGGUGUUCCACAAGCAUCCGAGAAGCCGUUCUUUGUUGAUGUCGGUGGCGGUCAUGGUCAUCAGUGCCGUGAGCUUGGAAAGAAGUACCCAACCCUUCUCGGGCGAAUGGUCCUUCAAGACCUACCCGAGGCAGUGAAACAGCUUGCACCCAUAGAGGGUGUCGAGGUACAAGCUUACGAUUUCUUCCAACCUCAAACUGUUACUGGUGAGUACCUCAGAAUAUCAGUUAACGAGAUCGAAUGGCUGACUGGUUUGCACGUUUCAGGCGCCAAAUUCUACUACCUUCGCAGAAUCAUGCAUGACUGGCCCGAUAAUGAGGCCGCGGCUAUCCUUCGGAACAUCGUUGCUGUUAUGAACGUCAACUCCAGAAUCCUGAUCGAUGAUACCGUGCUCCCUGACACCGGCGCGAAUUGGCAGUCGACUUUGGCUGAUCUUGCGAUGAUGGCCUUCGGCGGUAAAGAGCGAACUCGGGCCCAGUGGCAUUCGCUUGCCAAAAGUGCGGGUUUGCGUGUCGAGCAGAUCCAUACUUAUGUUGCUUCGACUUACACUGCGAUAGUGGUUCUGGCGUUGGAGUGA